UCCCCGGUCCCGUUCCCGGUCCCGCCGCUCCCUCCGGUAUUUUUCCGGUGUCCGGGAUGGCGGCGGGACCGCCCCGCGCGGCGGUGGCGAAUCUGCGGCCGUUGCGGCGGAGCGCUCGGGGCCGUUGCGGCGGCGGCGGCGGCUCCGCUCGGUGCCGGUACCGCUGCCGGUACCGCUGCCGGUACCGCUGCCGGUGCCGCUGCCGGUGCCGGUGCCGCUCCCGGGAGAUGCGGCGGCGCUGAAGCACCGGAGCUCCGCCAUGGACGGGGCCGAGCCCGCGGCGGCGGACGCGGUACCGGCGGCCGCCGAGGCCUCACCGGGGGACGGGCGCGGGAGAACCGGCGGCAAACGGGUCACGUUCCCCUCGGACGAGGAGAUCGUGUCCGGGGCCGUGGAGCCCAAAGACCCCUGGAGACACGCGCGGAACGUGACCCUGGAGGAGACUCUGGCGGCGUACCGGCAGGCGUGCCUCAAGCUGCAGUGCCGCCAGAGCCCCAAGCUCAUCAAGCAGCUACAGGAACUGAAGGAUUUGGCUCCCCGGAUCGAGUGUCUGGAUCUCAAGGGGGAGAAGUUGGAUUACCGCGCCUGCGAGGCCAUGGAGGAGAUCUUCAAACGCCUCCAGUUCAAACUGCUCGACCUGGAGCACACCAGCCUGGACGAGGACGGGGCCUCGGCGCUGUUCGACAUGAUCGAGUACUACGAGUCGGCCACGCACCUCAACAUCGGCUCCAACAAACACCUGGGGGCCCGCGGCUGGCAGGCGGCCGCACACAUGAUGAGGAAGACCAGCUGCCUGCAGUUCCUGGACGCGCGGAACACGCCGCUGCUGGAGCCGUCUGCGCCGCUGGUUGCGCGGGCGCUGCGCAUCAGCAGCAGCCUGACCGUGCUGCACCUGGAGAACACCGCCCUGUCCGGGAGGCCCCUCAUGCUGCUCGCCACGGCGCUGAGGAUGAACGUGGCGCUGCGGGAGCUGUACCUGGCCGACAAUAAGCUGAACGGGCUGCAGGACUCGGCGCAGAUCGGGAACCUGCUCAAGUUCAACGGCUGCAUCCAGAUCCUGGACCUGCGCAACAACCACCUCGCCGACUCCGGCCUGGCGUACAUCUGCGAGGGGCUGCGGGAGCAGCGCCGGGGGUUGGUGACGUUGGUGCUGUGGAACAACCAGCUCAGCCACGCCGGAAUGGCCUAUCUGGGAAUGACCCUGCCGCACACGCAGAGCCUGGAGACGCUGAACUUGGGCCACAACGCGCUGGGGAACGAGGGCGUGCGCAACCUGAAGAGCGGCUUGAUCGGGAACCGCUCCGUGCUGCGCCUGGGGCUGGCCUGCACCCGCCUCACCUGCGAAGGGGCGGUGGCGGUGGCGGAGUUCGUGGCCGAGAGCCCGCGGCUGCUGCGCCUGGACCUGCGCGAGAACGACAUCAAGACCGGGGGGCUGAUGGCGCUGAGCCUGGCGCUGCGCGUCAACCACUCCCUGCUGCGCCUCGACCUCGACCGCGAGCCCAAGAAGGAGCCGGUGAAGAGCUUCCUGGAGACGCAGAAGGCGCUGCUGGCCGAGAUCCAGAACGGCUGCAAGCGGAAUUUCAUCCUGGCCAAGGAGAAGGAGGAGCAGGAGCAGCUCCGGCACUCGGCCUCCAUGGCCGAGAUCUCCGAUCCCGGAAUUCCCGAGGAUCCCGGAAUUCCUGAGGAUCCCGGAAUUCCCGAGGAUCCCGGAAUUCCCGGCGGCGCCGCCUCGCCCGCCCCGGAGGAGAACGGGAACGCGGCUCCGGCCGGAGAUUCCAGCUCGGACACCGAGGAGGAGGAGGAGGAGGAGGAGGAUGGGGAGAAGGGCUCCAGGGAGGUUGUGGAAUCUGGGAAUUCCGGGAAUUCCAGGAAUUCCGGGAAUGCCGAGCGCAGGAUUUCCGUCUCCAGCCCCGGCAGGGGCCGCAAGAUCUUUGUGGUGACGCGGGUGGAGAACGUUCCAGAGGGAUCCGGCGUCGUUCCCAAGGAAUCCGGGGUCAUUCCCGAGGAAUCCGGGGUCGUUCCCAAGGAAUCCGGGGUCAUUCCCGAGGAAUCCGGGGUCAUUCCCAAGGAAUCCAGGGUCGUUCCCAAGGAAUCCGGGGUCGUUCCCAAGGAAUCCGGGGUCAUUCCCAAGGAAUCCGGGAUCAUUCCCAAGGAAUCUGGGACUGUUCCUGGUGGAUCUGGCGCCGCUUCCGAUGGAUCUGGGACAAUUCCUGAUGGAUCCGGGGCCGUUCCCGAUGGAUCCGGCACCGUUCCCGAUGGAUUUGGAGCCGUUCCUGAUGGAUCCGGCACCAUUCCUGAUGGAUCCAGGGUUGUUCCCGAUGGAUUUGGAGCCGUUCCCAAAGGAUCCGGGGCCGUUCCCGAUGGAUCUGGGGUUGUUCCCAAUGGAUCCAGCUCCAUUCCCGUUGGAUCUGGCGCUGUUCCCGAUGGAUCCGGCCCCAUUCCCGUUGGAUCUGGGAUUGUUCCCGUUGGAUCCGGCGCCGAUCCCAUCGCACCCGGUGCCGUUCCCGAUGGAUUUGGAGCCAUUCCCGAUGGAUCUGGGGCCCUUUCUGUUGGAUCUGGGAUUGAUCCUGAUGGAUCUGGGAUUGUUCCUGAUGGAUCCAAGAUUGUUCCUGUUGGAUCUGGGAUUGUUCCCGAUGGACUUGGAGCCAUUCCCGAUGGAUUUGUUGCCGUUCCCGUUGGAUCCGGACCCAUUCCCGAUGGAUCCGGGGCCAUUCCCGGUGGAUCCAAGAUUGUUCCCGAUGGAUCCGGGGCCGUUCCGGUCGGAUCCGGGGCCGUUCCCAUCGAAUCCGGAACCAUUCCCGAUGGAUCCGGGGCCAUUCCUGAUGGAUCCGGGAUUGUUCCCGAUGAACUUGGAGCUGUUCCCAUUGGAUCCGGAGCCGUUCCCGUCAGAUCCAGGGCCGUUCCCAUCGAAUCCGGACCCAUUCCCGAUGGCUCCGGGGCCGUUCCCGAUGGAUCCGGGGCCGUUCCCGUCGGAUCCGGGGCUGUUCCCGAUGGAUCUGGGAUUGUUCCCGAUGAACUUGGAGCCGUUCCCGAUGGAUCCGGACCCGUUCCUGAUGGAUCUGGCGCCGUUCCCGUCGGAUCCGGGGCCGUUCCCAUUGAAUCUGGACCCAUUCCCGAUGGAUCUGGGAUUGUUCCCGAUGGACUUGGAGCCGUUCCCAUCGGAUCCGAUCCCGUUCCCGACCCGCGGCCGCGCCGGGCCGGCGCCUCCGAGGGAAUUCCGUGCGGGAGCCCCUCCCGGGAUUCGCCGCUUCCCAACGGGCUGAAGGCGGAUUUCGCCCGGGCGCUGCCGGAGCCGGGCCCGGAGAGCGACGGGAAACCGGGAACGGGCGCGGCCGAGCGCGAGCUGCAGGAGCUGCAGGAAUUGCAGGAAUUGCAGGAAUUGCAGGAAUUGCAGGAAUUGCAGGAAUUGCGGGAGCUGCUCCGCGAGGCCGCCCAGGACACGGCGCCGGAGCCGCUGUGAGCGCAGGUCCUGGAGGGGGAGGCUCCGGCGCUUUCCCCUCCCCCCACUCCGCACAAGAUUCCAACCAAACCUCGGGAAUUUCGGGACUUUUCGUGGGAGAGAGAAAGAAAAACAAAGACAAAAAAACCCACAAAAAACGGAUUUUUCCCGAGUUUUUUUCCCGAUUUUUCCCGACUUUUCCCUCCUCCGAGGGGCAGGGAAGGAGCCGGGGCUGCGCCUUCCCGAUUUCCCGGGAAUUCCCGGCGGGAUCCGCGACACUACAGGGACCGGGAGCGGCCGGAAUUUGGGAAUUCCGUCCCUCAGAAUCCCGGGAUCGGCUGCUCCCACAGCCCCCACGCUUUAUUUAUUUUUAAUUUCCCUUCUUUUCCGGUGCUUUUGCUUUCUUUGGGAAUUUUUUCCCGUUUUUUCCCAUUUCAUCCCCCUUUUUUCCUGUUUUUUUUUCCCGUUUUUCCCAUUUUUUUCCCGUUUUUUCCCAUUUUUUUCCCGUUUUUUCCCGUUUUUUCCCGUUUUUUUCCCAUUUUUCCCCCGUCUCUAUUUAUCACCAGCCGCAGAAUUCCCGGGAAAACGGGGAAGGCGGAAAAGGGGAGAGGGAGGGGCUGGAAUUCCUCGUUCAUCCCAAAUUUCCGGAGUCGGAGUCGUGGAAAUCGGGGAUCUCCCAGCCCGGAAUUCCCAAAAUUCCCGGGGAAUUCC